AUGGGUCAAGCCGCGUCGAACCAGGGUGGAGCGCCGAACGACCAGAACAAGGACAAGAAGUCCGAGAAGAAGAAGUGGGAGCCGCCCCUUCCCACCCGCGUCGGCAAGAAGAAGAAGAGCGGGCCCAAUCCCGCUCAGAAGCUGCCCGCGGUCUACCCGACGACCCGAUGCAAGCUGAAGCUGCUGAAGCUGGAGCGGAUUAACGACCACCUCAAGAUGGAGGAGGAAUUUGUCGAGAACCAGGAGCGGCUGAAGCCGACGCUGACGGAGGACAAGUCGGUGGAGGAGCGAACACGAGUUGACGACCUGCGAGGGUCGCCCAUGUCGGUGGGGACGCUCGAGGAGAUCAUCGACGACGACCAUGCGCUCGUCUCGUCGGCGACCGGUCCCGAGUACUACGUCUCGAUCAUGUCCUUCGUCGACAAGGACCAGCUCGAACCCGGCUGCUCCGUCCUCCUGCAUCACAAGACGCAUGCAAUUGUUGGUGUUCUGGCAGACGACACGGACCCGAUGGUCAACAUGAUGAAGGUCGACAAGGCGCCGACGGAGAGUUACGCGGACAUCGGAGGUCUCGAGCAGCAGAUUCAGGAGAUCAAGGAGUCGGUCGAGCUGCCUCUCACGCAUCCCGAGCUGUACGAGGAGAUGGGUAUCAAGCCGCCUAAAGGUGUCAUCCUCUACGGUGUGCCGGGAACGGGCAAGACGCUUCUCGCCAAGGCCGUCGCAAACCAGACGUCUGCGACUUUCCUGCGCAUCGUCGGUUCCGAGCUCAUUCAGAAGUACCUUGGAGAUGGACCGAAGUUGGUGCGCGAGCUGUUCAAAGUUGCGUCGGAGAACGCGCCUGCGAUCGUCUUCAUCGACGAGAUCGACGCUGUCGGUACCAAGCGGUACGACUCGACGUCAGGCGGCGAGCGCGAAAUCCAGCGUACCAUGCUCGAGCUUCUCAACCAGCUCGACGGCUUUGACGACCGAGGAGACAUCAAGGUCAUCAUGGCGACGAACAAGAUCGAGUCGCUCGACCCUGCCCUCAUUCGACCAGGUCGCAUCGACCGAAAGAUCGAGUUCCCUCUUCCCGACAUCAAGACAAAGCGCUACAUCUUCAAGAUCCACACUUCGCGCAUGAGUCUCGCCGACGACGUCGACCUCGAAGAGUUCGUCCACGCCAAGGACGAGCUGUCGGGAGCCGACAUCAAGGCCGUGUGUACCGAGGCAGGCUUGUUGGCACUGCGCGAGAGGCGCAUGCGUGUCACGAUGGCGGAUCUGAGGCAGGCGCGCGAGAAGACGAUGUUUGCGAAGAAGGACAACGGGCCGGAGGGAUUGUACUUGUGA